AUGAAAGCCUAUAUUGACAACUCUUUGGAGAUCGCAUCCAAUAAAAGAAAAAGAAUUGUCACGGCACCACCAAUAAAUAAAACUGGAAGUGAAAGCAGGCUACAGAUCAUUAGUCGAAGAACAUUUGAAGCUGCCGUUUACAAACUAUCGAGGAGUUUUGAAGUUGUUACUCCUCCGACAACCCCUUCUGAUCAAGUUGGUAGCAGCCUAGAGGUCAUAAGUCGUAAAGCAUUUGAAGCCACUGUCUCCAAAUGCCCAAAAACAGUUAAAUCUCCUGAUGGUUCUAUAUGGAUACGUUGUCACUCCCUUGGCGAAGGCGCUCAUGGUUUUGUUUACUUAGCCAAGCUAAACAACGAUGUAGACACUAAUGGUUUGCCUCCAAAGAUGGUCAUCAAAUGCUCACCGAUUACAUUUUCAUCAAGCCUUUCUGAUGAGGAACGAAUCCUCAAAAGUCUUUCAUCUCCAUAUGUUAUUUUAUGCUAUGGUAGCAGAAUAACGAUGACAAAACCUCCAGCAAACGGAAGCGACUACAAUUUGAUUCUUGAAUACUGUUCCGGAGGAAGUAUUGCAGACUUUCUCAAGUUUAGAGGUAAGCCGAUGGUGGAGAGCGAUGUUCAGCUAUUGUCUACAAAGAUCCUCAAAGGUAUCACCUACAUACACUCAAAGAAGAUUAUACAUUGUGAUAUUAAGCCUGGUAACAUUUUACUUACGCCUCAACCAAACAGUUGUAUGCCUAAUUGUUUUGAACCAAAGAUUGCCGAUUUUGGUUUAGCGUUAAGAAAGAGUUCAGUUGAGUAUGGAGAUGGUAGUGGUCAUAAAAGAGGAACAUUAUUGUACAUGUCACCUGAAGUUUUAAGAGAAGGUUUUUUGGAUUAUGCUGCUGAUAUCUGGUCAUUUGGAUGCAUUGUGUUGGAGAUGUUAACUGGGAAGAAGCCUUGGAGUGAAUUUCGGGUUUUAGACAGAAAGAAACUGGAAGAUGUCAUCGCCCAUAGCAGUUUCAAACCCUCAAUACCUUCUACGUUAUCUGCAGAUGCACAAGAUUUUCUACACAAAUGUUUGGAUAUAAAUCCCUUCACAAGGUUUGACUCUACAGCUUUGUUGAACCACAAAUUUCUAUCAACAACUGUACAUGAUGUUGUUGUCAAAGAAGAGUGA